AUGUUCAUUGGACGAACACGCACGGGAAAAUCAACUAUCAAAUCACUAUUGAUUGAUCCAACUGCUGUACCUACUGACUUGACUCUUAAAUCUGGUACAAGAGAACCGCUAUUUGAUUCAUUUCAUGUACGUGACAAUAAAAUCGUUCUCAAUAUAAUCGAUACACCAGAUCUAUUUGAACAUGGCAAUACACAAAUGGAAAUUCGAGACAACAAAAAGAUAUUGGAUACAAUCCAAAUGUGUAUAAACCGUGAAAUAACAAAAUUUCAUGUAGUUUGUUUCUGUGUAGCCAUUACAACUGGUAUUAAUAAGGAAGAUAUUGAAUCGAUUAAAGAAUUAGUUAAGUUUCUUGGUGAAGAAAUUUCAAAAAAUUCCUGUCUUAUUGUUACACGAUGUGAAUCAAAAGAUGAAAAUCAGCACAAAAAAAUGUGUACAGAAUUAUUAGAGGAUAAUUAUUUCAAAGAUAUUGCUCCAUUCUUUAAAUUAGGCAUUUUCUUCUCUGGUUCAAUUAAUCGUGAUGAUUAUAAUAGAGGCAAUGAAUGUCUACUCGAUCAGUUUAUUACGAUUAGUGAUUAUCGGGUAAAACUGAUUGAACUCUUUACGAGAGAUAUUGAGCCAUUUCCGAUUAGUGAAAUGAUAAUUAGUCAAGUUCGACGAGCUCGUGAUGAAACUUUACUUAAAAACAUCGAACUUAAAGAGAUGCGAGCUCUGGCAGAAGAACAAACACGACUCAUCGAGGAAUUACGAUUGGCUCGACUCAAUGAUCAACAAGACACUGCGGAAAUCAUCAAUGGACUCGCGGCUACCAAUUUACGUGAACGUGAAGAGCAAGCUCGUUUACUAGCAUCUCAACAAGAAUCUUAUAAACGAUGUCGUAUAUCAUAA